AUGGCUAGCUCUACAAUCAACCUUGAACCUUCCACUUGGGAAUACGAUAUGUUCUUGAGUUUCAGAGGUGAAGACACGCGUAAAAACUUUACCGGUCAUCUUUACUAUGCGUUAUGUAAUGCAGGUAUUUGCACGUUUAGAGACGAAGAGGAGCUCAGAAAGGGCGAAUCUCUUGCGCCAGAACUCACGUGGGGAAUCCAAAAUUCAAGAAUCUCUAUGAUAGUCUUCUCCAAAAACUAUGCCUCGUCUAGGUGGUGCCUUAACGAAUUGCUUCAAAUCCUCGAGUGCAGGGAGAAGAGAAAACAGUUAGUCUAUCCUAUUUUUUAUGACGUUGAGCUUUAUGAAGUACGUAGUCAAAGUGGGAAUUACGGCGUGGCCUUGGCAAAGAACAAAGAACGUUUUGGGGGAAGCGAUAAGGUACAAAAAUGGAGAGAUGUACUCACUAAAGUUGCAAAUAUGUUCGGAUGGGAUUUGCAAGGCUCCAUGAAUGGGUAA